CGGCGACUCACAAAUAGCAAUUCAAUGAAUAGGGCCUUUUCUUUCCUUUUUCCGUGGAUAUGAUGCAACUUUACACUUUUCAGUACUGUAAUAAUUGUCCUCCUGUAAUUAUUUAUUGUACUCAGUCUCUUCAGUAGGAUUUAUGCAAUUUAGUUGCCAACUGAUUUGGUGUCAACGAUAUAUUGCCUUGAAGCUGGUUGAAAUUUGAAUUUUAAAAUAGUAAAUCAUACUGAAUUUUCCUGAAAAACAGGAAAUGGAUCUAAUACGGAGGAAGACCACAGAAACCUGUGAAAAGGAUUCGUUCCAAUGCAAUUACUGUUGGAGAGUAUUUACAAAAGAAGCACAUAUGCUAAACCAUCAGAAAUUGCAUCGUGUAUGGCACUGCAAAAACUGCCCUAAGAAAUUUGGAACUGAAAAAGGACUUAAAAACCAUGAGAAAACCCCUUGUGAAGAGCAUCCAUUUCAAUGCAAAACAUGCAGCCAAAAAUUUAAACAUGAAAAGACUCUUGCUUACCACGAAAAGGUACGUCAUGCUUCAGCAGUUUUGGAGUGCAGCAAGUGUGACAUAACAUUUACAAGACUCUGGCGAUUAAAAGCUCAUGAAAGCAAGAUUCAUGGUAUAAAUUCUUUAAAGUGCACUGAAUGUAAUGAAGAAUUUAGUAGCAGAUUAUCUCUAAUCAUGCAUAAACAAGCACAUGCGAAGAUCAAGAAUAUUCCAUGUAGCAAAUGUGAUGAAAAAUUUACAUCAAAGUAUUAUCUAUACCUUCAUCAACAAACACAUAAAAGUUCCAAGCCCUUUCCAUGUCAUAUAUGUGGUGAACAGUUCUCAUAUAAGCUUGACAGGUCAGAUCAUAUCAAUACUCAACACAGUGGUGAAAAAACCUAUCACUGUUACAAGUGUGAACAAACUUUUACAUCGAAGAAAGAGUUGCAGAAUCAUAAGAGUACUCCAUGUGUGACAUUUUCUUGCGAAUUAUGUGAUAUGAAAUUUGCACUCAAAAGCCGUCUUACAUGGCACAUAAACAAUAAUCAUAUGAAUGGUAAACCCCAUGAAUGUGAGAUUUGCCAGGAGCGUUUUGAGAAGAAACUCCAGCUUGUUGAGCAUGAAAGAAUUCAUGGAAAAGAUAAACCAUUCCAAUGUAAAGUCUGUUCAAAGCGCUAUUCAAGUAGAAGCAGUCUGAAAUGUCACCAGCAAGUCCAUACUGGAGUACCGUUGCCCUCUUGCAAAUUUUGCAAACGCACAUUUAUACUCAAAAGUCAGCUUGCCAAGCAUGAGAUUACACACAUUGAGGGGAAGCCCUUUAAAUGUGAUGUUUGUCCCAAAAGAUACACCACAAAAUGUCAUUUACGAGAGCAUAUGCGUGUCCAUUUACGAGAUAUAUCCUUUCAGUGUGAAUAUUGUGGGAAAAUUUUUCCAUAUAGACAAAGUUUAAAAGUUCAUGUGCGGUCACACACUGGUGAAAAGCCAUACCAUUGUAGUGUAUGCAAUUUGGACUUUUCUGAUAGUCGCCACUACAAAAAUCAUCAGAAAAUGAACCUCUGUUCUGGGGCAGAUUGUAAAUUUAUCAAGACAAAUUCACAGCCAGAAAAUGACGUUUCUCCAGGUACAAUCAACACUGAAUGUGAUGCAGUUUUAGCAAUAAAUAAUGAAGGCAUUGAGUUGCCAUCAUUUGACUUACCUUGCAUACAAUCAAAGACAGUGAAUCAGUCUGCAGUACAAGAAGAAGGUGUAUUAACAAAAGACAAUGUUAGCCACUCCUGUACUACAGAUAAUCUGAGUAGUGUAAAUCUACCUGUUAGUUUUGAGUCUGUCCAAGAUAAGCAUGCAAACUGUGAAGAAUUAAUUUUGUCUAGAGAUCCGAAGCAGAGUACACUUGUCAAUGUUACUACAUCACCAGGCGAUCAAUUAUCAGUGCAAUUAGAAGUAGUUGUAUGUAAUGAUGAUAUUGUUUCAUCAUCUCAGCAAUUAGAGGUGGAAUUAGAUAAAGGUAUUCAACCAGAAGCUUUUAUAAUAGAGAACCAAGUUUUAUCAGGAGUUACCUCUGAAACACAAUGUACACAGUCUCAGGUAGAUUCUAUGUUAUCUUUAGCUAAACUUCUGCAGAAUUUUUCUGCUGAAGUUGAUAAUGAAGACAAGCAGAAAAACUCAAGCCAACAAAAAAUUAAUGAAGACCGUGAACAGACAACUGAAGCUGGUAAUGUCAGCAAAAUUCAAAAUCCUGAAGAAUUUGCAACAGGUAAAAUCCAAACUGGUCUUGAGUGCAUAAAUGAAGAAGAAAAACAGCACAUAUCAGAGGAUACAAGUAAUAAAAGCCAAUCCAAUUUUGAAUGUGCUAGUGGCAUUGAGGUUGAACAAGAUAUAGCAGUAGUGCAGAAAGAUGAUGGAAAAAGUAAAACAUCUUUGGUGGCUAUGUGUGUGAAUGGGCACAAGACUUCUAACAUUUUCAAAGAUGAUUCAAAAAACGAUGACCAGUUGAAAACUCCAAAGGCUCGCACAUCUCAACUUCAAUCACCUACAGGAAAGGUAGUUGAAAAAGAUAGUCAAAGUCGGUCCCUGCAAGAAGGAAGCAAUUAUUGUGAUAACCAAGCUUUCUAUGCGACAGUAAAUAAAUCAGGUGAUGCCAAAAUAAUCAGCUUCAAUGAUACUUUAGAAAUUGUUGACAAGUUUGAUAAACAUACUGGCAGCAUUGUUCCUGAACAGGCAGUGACAGAGGUUAAAGCUAAAGAUAAUAAAAAAUCUAAUGGCAAGAAAAAUUUUGUGUGUAGAAAAUGUAAAGAUGUGUUUUUGAAUAGAUACAGACUAGAUCAGCAUCGCAUACAAUGCGGUGCAAAGAAGUUUGAAUGUAAAGAAUGCAAAGAGGUAUUCCCAUCAUUCUACCUGCUUAGCAAACAUAGUAAAUUGCAUUUGAAAGUGAAGCCAUUCAAUUGUGAUGAAUGCAGUGAGGGAUUUAUCACAAGUAAAGAACUCAAAAUUCACAAGUACAUCCAUACUGGCGAGUUUCCUUUCAAUUGCCGCUUUUGCGUGCAGCUCUUUCCUGUAAAGAGUGAUUUUUUAGAGCACAUGAAAAAGCACCACAGUGGUGAGAAUCCAUACAAGUGUGCUCACUGUGACAAAACCUUUGAACAUUUGUUCCCUCUGAAGGAACAUUUACUUGUCCAUUCUAAAUCCAGACCCUUUGAAUGCGCUUCAUGUAACAAGAAAUUUAAAACUAAUGCCCUCCUUAAGGUUCACACACGGAUACAUACUGGAGAGAAUUUAUUUACCUGUGAUGUCUGUAAUAAAAAAUUUGUGCGGAGAAGACAAUUAUUAGUACAUGAAGAGUCCCAUUUGCGUUCUAAACUGAAAGCAUCUAAACCCCCGGAAGUAUUUGAUUGUACCGAGUGCUCUAAAGUAUUUCAAAAUAAGAGACAAAUGAAGCGACAUAAAAAGUUACACAAAUAUGGACGGCCAUUUUUAUGCAAAUAUUGUGGAAGAAAAUUUGUUGAAAGGUGUACUUUGGUACACCAUGAAAAAAUUCAUAUCGAAGGAAAAGCACACCAAUGUCAAAUGUGUGAGAAGAAAUUUGAUACCAUCGGUCAUCUUAAGGAACAUUUUUUGGUUCAUUCUGGAGAGAAGCCUUUCCAGUGUGAGACUUGUGGAAAACUCUUUGGUUUUAGGAGAACUUUACAAAGGCACCUUCGUGUACAUACAGGAGAGAAGCCAUACCAAUGUAACAUAUGCGACAGACGGUUUCCUGAUGCUGGUAAAGUGCGAAGUCAUCAAAAACGCAUUCAUGUUCAACAAAUAGCAAAUGCACGUGUAUUGGAAGUUGUGGACAACUAUGAUAAAGUUGAAACAGAAGUGGUGCUUGACGAGACAUGCGAUGCGGCUGUCUUUAUAUCUGAAACUUUUUGAAUUGUAACUUGAUUACACUGAUGUUUUCGAUUUUU